AUGGCUGCCGAGGAGGCCACAUAUGUGCGGCGUCACCUGAAGCUUCUGACGCGCUUUAAGGCAGCCAGGGUCGGAGGGCGUGGAUGUCAUUCCGGGUUGAGCUUCGGUGGGAUCAAGGUUGAGAAUUGUGCCCAUCCCGAGCGUGGCUUCCCGGGCGUGAUUCAAGAUAAUGGAGCUCCCAUGAAGAUAUUGGAGUGA